ACGCCCUGCGAUCUAGGGAGUGAGGGCGGGCAGCACUGGAUUUCCUCUCUCUCUACAUCCAUAAUUCAGCGUUCGCACCUUCCUCCUACUCCUCUUCUCCUCUUUGCCUUCUUCUUCUUCUUCUUACUGCUGCUGCUGCCGUAUGCUGCCGUUGCUUUUGAUGUUAUAUUAGGUUACACUCCAGUUCCAUCACAGCCUACCUGAGGUAUUCACUGAGACAGAGCUCCGCUGUCUCCACUCAAAGUACACAGAGGAUAAGUGGUGACUAUUGGGAGACCAAGGACAUUGAUCUAUGUGAGGAGGGUCCACAGUGCCAAACAACAAGGAAAGACAGAAUGGUCACCAUAAUCAACUCCAGUUUCUGGUAAAACUACAAAAGUCAUUGUCCGUCCAUUUUCUACUCUAGACCCUGGCUGUUCCAUGAUGUAAGUGAAGCUUGCUGUGAUUCUCCUCAAUUGACAGUUAGACCAUGAACCUUAGAGACUCUAUCGUUGCACGGACCAGGCCUUCCCCAGUUUGGAUUUAGAGCCACCCUCAUCUAUCCAUCGAAACCGCCAGCCACGUGAGGCUGCAGCGGUGGCCGGUGGUGGUGGCGGUGGUGGGAGGACCUUCACACAUAGCGCAAAGCACGCUGGGAUAUUUUUCCCAAAAACACACUGAGGCACCACCAUGAGGAAAUCCACCACCUCCUGUCUUUGUCACAUACUGGUCUGCCUUUGCUUCAUCCAGAGGUGCUAUGGGGCUAGCCAUCAUAUCCCAGCCGACAAAGUGACCAUCGCCAAGAACCAGACCAAACUGGCCAAUGGUGAGACAGAAGUGCACCACAGGCCUAAACGUGGCUGGAUCUGGAACCAAUUCUUUGUUUUAGAAGAACACAUAGGACCGGACACUCAAUACGUGGGAAAGCUUCAUUCCAACUCAGACAAAGGGGAUGGCUCCGUAAGGUACAUUCUGAGUGGGGAAGGUGCUGGGAGUAUAUUCAUCAUCAACGAGGUGACAGGAGAUAUUCAUGCAACAGAAAGCCUGGACCGGGAGAGGAAAGCACACUACGUCCUCCACGCACAAGCCUUCGACCGCAACACUGAAAAGCCCCUGGAACCAAAGUCAGAAUUCAUCAUCAAAGUCCAGGACAUCAAUGAUAACGCCCCAACAUUUCCAGAUGGUCCUUUUGUAGCUGCUGUGCCUGAGAUGUCUGGAGUGGGUACUUCGGUAUAUCAAGUUACUGCAACGGACGCUGAUGACCCCACAUAUGGAAAUAGUGCCCGAGUGGUCUACAGUAUUCUCCAAGGACAACCAUAUUUCUCUGUUGAUCCCAAAACUGGAGUCAUCAGGACUGCCUUAGCCAACAUGGACCGGGAGGCGAGAGAACACUAUGCUGUAGUCAUUCAAGCCAAAGACAUGGCAGGAUCAGUUGGAGGACUUUCUGGAUCCACCACUAUCAACAUCACCCUCACCGACGUCAACGACAACCCUCCCAAGUUCCCGCAAAAAAAUUACCAGCUGUACGUCCCGGAGUCGGCCCAGGUUGGCAAGCCAGUGGGGAAGAUAAAAGCCAAUGACGAGGACCUUGGAGUCAAUGCAGAGAUCAAGUACAGCAUCAUCAAUUCAGAAGGAGCAGCCAUGUUCUCCAUCAACACUGACAGGGACACCAGGGAGGGAAUCAUCAGCCUCAAGAAGCCACUGAACUACGAGAGGAAGAAGACCUACACCCUUCAAAUUGAGGGAGUGAAUAGCCACUUGGAGCCUCUUUUUUCCUACCUUGGUCCUUUCAAAGAUACUGCCACCCUAAAGAUCACUGUGGGAGAUGUGGACGAACCGCCUGUAUUCUCUAUGGACUAUUACAUCAUGGAUGUUUAUGAGAACGCUCGGAUUGGUAGAGAGGUGGGGGCUGUAACUGCCAGGGAUCCAGACAGCAAAAACAGUCUUGUCAGGUAUUUCAUCGACCACAGUGAGCACAGCGAUAAGUAUUUUAACAUCGACAUGGACAGCGGAGUUAUAAAGACUACCCAGAGUCUGGACCGGGAGGACAUGCCAUGGCAUAACAUCACUGUGAUAGCUUCGGAGGUUGACAACCCUAGCCUCCUCAGCCAUGUCCCCGUCACUGUGCAGGUGUUGGAUGUGAACGACAACCCUCCUGAAAUUAACAAGGACAAGGAGGUCAUUGUGUGUGAGAGCUCAAGGCCAGGACAGGUGAUUCAGACUAUGACUGCAGUGGAUAAGGAUGACUUUGCAAACGGACAGAGAUUCUCCUUCUCGUUGCCGAGCGGAGUCCCUGUCAACCCCAACUUCACCCUCAAGGACAACGAAGACAACACAGCGAGCAUCAUCACACGGCGGAGGCAGUUCAGUCGGCUCGUCCAGGAGCUAUACGAGCUCCCCAUUGUGGUGUGGGACGGUGGGGAGCCAGCGCUGAGUGGCACUAGCACACUGACCCUGCGGGUGUGCCCGUGCCAGCGCAAUGGGAGGGUGCAGACGUGCCAGGAUGAGAGGGGACUCCUCUCCUCGGCAGGCCUCAGCACGGGGGCCCUGAUCGCCAUCCUGCUGUGCAUCGUCAUCCUGCUGGCGAUUGUGGUUCUGUUCAUCACCCUGCGGCGGAGCAAGAAGGAGCCCCUCGUCAUCUCUGAGGAGGACGUCCGCGAGAAUGUGGUAACAUACGACGAUGAGGGGGGCGGCGAGGAGGACACUGAGGCCUUCGACAUCAUCACCCUACGGAACCCCGCCGCCGCUGAGGAGCUCAAGUUUAGACGGGACAUCCGGCCGGAGGCGGCCCGACAACGCGGGCAAAACCGAGGCUGCCACAGUCCCCCGGAGCUGAACCAGGUGGAUGUGCAGGAGUUUAUUAAACAAAGACUGGUGGAGGCAGACAUGGACACUAGCGGGCCUCCAUAUGACUCCCUCCAGACCUACGCAUACGAGGGUCAAAUGUCUCCGACAGGUUCCAUCAGCUCUCUGGACUCCCCGGGAACACACUCAGAACAGGAUUAUAACUACCUGGACGACUGGGGGCCUGAGUUUCAGAAACUGGCAGAACUCUACGUGGAGGAUACGGAUGUAGCAGAGUCAGAUGUGGCAGUUGCGGUGACAGUGGCGACCUAGCCUGUCAACGUCGGUCACACCGUCUGUAAAACCAAAACCUUCUCUCUCUCAGUCCUCCUCCUCGACUUGUUUCAAAACGAUGAAAUAUAAAUGCUUUUGAACUCGUUCCAGCUGAUCUACUUUUCCUGUUGAAUUGCAGACUGCCCUUUUUUUCAGUUUUCCAUUUGGAACAUGGGUCUAAUAUGCGGAUGGAUUGAUUUUGGGGUGGAUAACGGAAAAAGGAAAAUAUUUUUCCUGUUGUAUAUUUUUUAUUGCUCAAUAAAGUCCUUAAUUCCA